AUGGCUAGAUUCAAUAGGCAACGACGUUCUUUGCUUCGGUCCGGUGAUAGUCCUGCGCCUUCCACGGUUGGUCGUAGCGGUAUCGUUGGGCAGCCCAGUGAUUGCUCGCAUCGCGUGAGUAAGGAGUAUGUUGCGUUGCUCAAAGGGUGCAAUGCAACAGACGAUGUCCAGUAUAAUCUGCCAACGAGUGGUGAGCUGGCUGCGAAUAUCGUAGGCGAUUUUGAUGCUGGCGAGUAUCGAUUUGAUAUUCUUGUCCAUGAUAGAGAUUUCGGGUUGCAUCGUGUCUCUUCACUGCACCCAUCAUACAUGGCUUUGCAGUAUCUGCUUUUAUUUCCUUAUGGCGAGCGCGGCUUUCACCUUGGUAGAAAAUACAUCGACUAUGAUGGAGUUGGCAGAAAGUAUGUUACGAUGCUUGAAUACUAUAGGUACAUGGUACACUACAGACCUAAUGAGCCAAAUCCUUUGACAUGCUAUGGACGACUUAGUGACCAGGCAGAUGUAGAUGUCUAUUCAACGAUCGAGACUAAUAGACUCAAAUUUAUACUUGAACAUCAAGAUGACCUUCGAACAGAAUCAGUUGAAGGAAUAGCCGAUGUGAUUGAUAGAGGUAUUACGAAUGGCGAUUCUAUUGGUAAACGUGUCAUACUUCAUGCUAGUUUCACUGGUAGUAGGCGGUAUAUGGUCAUGAAUUAUCAAGAUGUGAUGGCAAUAUGCCGUGUCUUUGGGUCGCCUGAUUUAUUUGUGACCUACACCUACAAUUCUAAAUGGUUAAUGAAUUUAUUGCCGACAUCAGAGACGGAAGGACGUUUGGCAAGGUUUCAGCAGAGCUAUAGUGAUAUUCGAACCUACAAUAACAUUACCUACAACACCUUUAGGGAAGCAUGUAAUGCGCGUGGCCUUCUCGAAAAUGAUAAUGAGUGGCACUUGCUCUUCGACGAGGCUGUUGUGUCAGCCUCCUCUCGUCAGCUGAGACAGCUAUUCGUUACUGUCAUCUUGUAUUGUUCUGUUGGUAAUGUUAGAUCAUUGUUCGAUAAAUACUGGAUUCACAUGACUGACGAUAUACAUGAUAGAAUAAAGAAACAACUUGGUAACCCGCACUGCCUUGUUUCUCAUGAACAUCUACUUAACCUUCUUUUGCACGAGCUAAAGGCGCAAUCGUUCAUCGAUCAACUAAAUCCUGACCAGCUGGUUGUUUUUCAUGCUAUUGUUUCCCGCGUAGUUGCUGGAUCACCUGGGUUCUUCUUUGUCUCUGGCCAUGGUGGGACAGGGAAAAUCUUUCUGUGGAAUACAAUAGUAGCAAAGCUUCGAUCACAAAAUAAGAUUGUCCUAGCUGUAGCAUCAUCAGGGGUUGCUUCUCUGCUUCUCCCAAAGGGUCGAACAGCUCACUCUCGCUUCAAGAUACCACUUGAGCUUAAUGAUUCGAGUAUCUGUAAUAUAAAACGAGGCAAUAUGCUUGCUGAGCUAUUAACUGAAACUGCAUUGAUCAUAUGGGACGAGGCUCCAAUGACACAUAGGCAAUGCUUCGAAGCGUUAGACUGGACGUUACGUGAUAUCCUUUCUGAGGUUGACCCUCCAAAUGCUGUUGUCCCUUUUGGUGGAAAGCCCAUUGUUUUGGGUGGUGACUUCAAACAAAUAUUACCUGUCGUGCCUAAAGGUUCGCGCUCUUCUAUCGUCAAUGCAUCCAUCGUUAACUCAUACCUAUGGAAGCAUGUUACUUUACUGACUCUCAAUAUAAAUAUGAGAUUGUUGAACACAACUCUGUCAAGUGAAAAAAGAAAAGAGCUACAAGAAUUUGGUGAAUUUAUUCUGGCAGUUGGUAAUGGAACCAUAAACGUGACUGCAACAGCGAACGACGCAUCUCCUUGCUGGAUCACAAUUCCUGAUGACCUCCUUGUUAGAACUGAUGGUGAUAAGAUAGCUGCUAUUGUUUAUGAGGUCUACCCUGAUUUUCUCCUAUCAUAUAAUAAUGAUCCAGAAUACCUUGCCUCGCGUGCCAUAGUUUGCCCUAAUAACACAACAGUCGACGAAAUCAAUGACUACAUCAUAGGUCUUCUCCCAGGAGAUUCAGUGAUAUAUCUUAGCUGCGACACCAUAUCAAAAUGCUCUGAACAGAUCCCAGACUUUGACUUGCUCUACCCACCUAAGUUUCUUAAUUCAAUUAACUGUGCUAACUUUCCUGCUCAUAAGAUUGCUUUAAAACAGGGUGCUACUAUCAUGCUGCUUCGAAACCUUAACCAAUCCAUAGGUCUGUGUAAUGGAACUCGCCUAUGGCCUCAAGCGCACGCCAACUAG